UGGGCAGACCACCAUCGGGACUUGAAACUCGAAUCCAUCUCGAACGUUGUCAUCAAUCUCAAUCCAUUUGCCCUUAAAAUAAACCUUAAAUACCAACACAAGCAGCUCACUUAUUUUCCUACACCAAAAUGGAAGCCACAUCAGAAAAUAACUUUCAAGAAUUCUACGUCAAAUGGCAAAACAAGCACAACCAGCACCUCUAUGAACUUACCAACGCAUCCAAAACCCAACCCCAACAACCUCAAUCCGAUUCAUCCUUGUCCGGUUUGGUCGAACGUGUGAUUUCCCACUAUGAGGAGUAUUACAGAAUCAAAACAAAAUGGGCGAAAACAGACGUUUAUCUCCUACUCUCACCCCCAUGGAACAGUCCCUUAGAGGACGCUUUCCUCUGGGUAGGUGGGUGGCGUCCCACCACCGCCUUCCACCUCCUCUACUCCAAAUCCGGUUUACAAUUCCAGGCCCAGUUUUCCAAUAUGCUAAUCGGAGCAAAAACCGGCGAUUUGGGCGACCUGUCACUGGACCAGCUUGGCCGGAUUGAUAUUUUCCAGAAAGGAACAAUACAAGAGGAGAGAGAGAUUACCGAAAAGGAGGCCAAGCAGCAAGAUAGGGUGGCGGACAAGGAGAUGGUUGGGCUGAGUCACGACGCCAGCUCUGAGUCAACUCGCCCAGUCGGAGGUACUAGUUUGGAUAUAGGCAGCCUGGUCAACUCGGUUUUGAAGCCGAAGGAGGAAGGUUUCCAGAUGCUUCUGCAGAGUGCUGAUGAACUGAGGAUGAAAACGCUCAAGGGUGUUAUCGACAUUUUGUCUCCAAUCCAGGCCGUUCAUUUCUUGAUCGCUGCUGCGGAGCUACAGCUGUGUCUGCAUGAGUGGGGGAAGGACAAACAAGACGAGCAAUUAGCAGCAGCAAGCAGUACCACCCAACUACCUGCGGUUACGUAUUAAUAUUCCGGCCAGUUUUUUUUUUUUUUUUUUAUUACAUCUUCUGUUCGUAGCUGCUACUACUACAGUCCUUUUUUUCUUUUUUUUCCAUGUUUUGUACUUUAUGCACACUACAUGGUUGUUUGUUGCAAGGUGUUUGAUAUUUGUGAGGAAUACCUCAAACAGAUAUCAGUGCAACCUUUUUUUUGUUGUCGAUUGUUCUCUGUCGCUUACCAAGUGAAAGAGAACCGUCUUCGAUUGUAAUACUGUCUCGCUCUCA